AUGGGUGUCCUGUCGAACAGGGUUGAGAAGGAGACCUUGAAUGCAGGGGAUCACAUCUACUCGUGGAGGGCCGCGUGGGUUUACACGCAUCAUGAGUUCCUUACCCAUGCGGGAAUAUAUGUGGCCGAUGAUAAGGUGAUCCACUUUACCGCUGGAAGGGGCUGGAUAGUGGUUGGAGCUGAAAGAGUCAUUGAUCUUCUUCCUGGGAGUUAUGUCCCUUCUAGGAGAACCUCGCCAUGUUUGGUAUGCAGAAGCUACCAACUGGAAGUCACCGCCGUCACAAAUAGUAUGGCGUGCUCCUGCCUCAGUUGUUUCAUGGUAGAGGGUCGGCUCUACCGCUUCGAGUAUGGUGUCAGCAAGAGGUUUUUCUUUGCCAAGGUGAGAGGCGGGACGUGCACGCUUGCCACCGCCGAUCCCGACGAGCUGGUUGUCCACCGUGCCAGCUACUUGUUGAGGAAUGGGUUCAGGUGCUACAACCUGAUCAAGACCAAUUGCGAGGACUUCGCGUUGUACUGCAAGACUGGUUUGAUCGUGACCCAGCCAGGUAGCACCAUGAAGAAAAUGAUCAUUGGACAGAGCGGGAGCGGGCAGGUUGUCUCCUACAUAGCUGGUACGGCUUCGAUCAUUUGUGGACUCGGCCCAACGUUGUACUGUGUGUCAGCAGAUAUGUAG